AUGGAUAGGCUAUUUGGAUGGAAUGUUAGGGGGCUUAACAACGCCAAUAAACAAAGGGAGGUUAUGCGAAUGAUCUCUAGCAAAAGAAUUGGGUUUGUUAGCCUCUUAGAGACAAGGGUAAAGGCCCCCAACAUGGGAUCGUUAUACCUUAAUAUGUUCAAGGGUUGGUGCUUUACUACAAAUUUAAUGCAUCAUCCUAAUGGUAGAAUUAUAGUGGCUUGGAAUCCAUUGACUUAUGAUGUGGAUAUUAGAGGUAGUUCGAGCCAAUGGAUUCAUUUUACUGUCUCAGCCAAGAAUAGAGAUCCUUUUGAUAUUACUGUGGUGUAUGCAGCUAAUGAUAUGAGAGGCAGGGAGAGGCUUUGGGAAGAUUUGGAAAAUAUGGCUCAUGGAAUUAAUGGGCCUUGGAUAGUUAUGGGAGAUUUCAAUGCAGUUCUUUCUCCAGAAGAUAGGUUUCCUUAUCAUGGGAAUGGUUCAGAAUUAACUUAUUUCCAGCACUGUGCAGAAACUUGCAGGUUAACAGACAUGAAGUUUUCGGGUAACUUUUUUACUUGGAACAAUAAACAAGCUGGCAAGGAUAGGGUUUAUGCUAAGCUUGAUAGAGUCUUAGCUAAUGAGAAUUGGAUAGGGAAGUUUCCUACUGCUGAAGUGGUUUUUUUUCCUGAAGGUGAUAUGGACCAUAGUCCAUUUAUAGUGAAUUUUGGCACUCUUAUUGAGAAUAAGAAGCCUUUCAGAUAUUUCAAUUUUUGGAGAAAUCUUGAGGGGUUUCAAAAGACAGUAGCUGGCAGUUGGAGGAAGGAGGUUCAAGGAACUCCAAUGUUUUGCUUGAUAACGAAAUUAAAAAGGCUGAGAGUGGAGUUGAAAAAGCUAAAUAGAGAUGGGAAAGGUGAUGUUUUCGUGUAUGAGGCAAAGAUUCAUAAGCAGUUGCUAGAUACCCAAGUGAAACUUCAAUCAGAUCCUGGAAAUCCUCUGUUGAUUGAAGAAGAGAUUUUAAGAAGGAAAGAGUACCAGAAAGCUCAUAAAGAUCUGGUGCAAUUUCUAAAACAAAAAGUUAAGGAGGAUUGGCUUAAACAAGGGGAUGAGAAUACUAAGUUUUUCCACAAUAGUAUUCGGCACCGACAAAUUCAGAAUGUAAUUUAUUCGAUUUGGGACAUGAAAGGUAACUGGCUAGAUAAACAGGAGGAGGUCAAUAAUGCGUUUUCUUAA